GAACAGUGGCUCAGUUUGUUUUCGUUGGUCCUUGUGGAAGGUUCGUAGUGGUCGAAUUUUCGUACCAAAAUUAGCCGGCUCGGUACAGUUCUCUAUCUCCUUCCUCCCGAUAUACAAUCGUUGUCAAAUUUUCAAAGAAUCCCCGACGAGUAACGAGAGUUACUUAGUGUCGACACCGCGUGUAAAUGUCGUGAUAUGAACGAAGAUCAAUUGGCCAACUUAGAAAAGAUUGUCGUGAGUAAAGUGUCAAGUGCGAGCGGACCAUGAAUACGAUGACACGAUGCUGGUUUCUCUGCAGUCUGUUUCUGCUGGGAUGCGUUCAAGAAUGCUGGCAACUCGUGAUAAAAAACGUCACCAUACCGUCGAUGGUGAAAGCGAACGACACCGAUCAUGUGAUCCUGGAUUGCGAUUAUGAUCUCGAGGACACGCCGAGCAAAGGAUUAGUCGUGAAAUGGUUCUUUAACGCGGAUGAAGUGGCCUAUCAAUGGAUAUACGGUAGGAAACCUCUGGCCGGCGAUGUAUUGUCGAACUAUGUCGAACUGAACUACCCUGCCAGCGACGAUCCGUACACAAUGUUUCGAGCUAUAAAAUUAAAUAACCCCGAUAUCGAACUUAGCGGAGAGUACAGGUGCGUCAUAUCCACGUUUGCGGACGAGAAAUCCGCUAGCGGAUCCAUGAUCGUAUACUCAACAGAGAAAAAGUUCGAUCUUAUAUAUACAAAGAAAACUAUAGAUGAUAAGGAUGGGGUGGAGAUAACAUGCAUGGCGGAAGGACUAUAUCCACAACCUACUCUUAACAUAUCCAUCGAGGGUGUCCCGGAAAAUCAAACGUUCGAUAUUAUACAGCGUGUCGAUGGACUGUACGACGUCUUAUCACGAACGACCUUUCUGGACGAAGAGUUACCGGAUAUAACAACUAUCUCAUGCUUGCUCCAUAUACCAGAGGCGAACUACAACGUUUCCCACGAAACCGUCUACUAUCCCAGGCCGCCUACUACUUCAACUACUACAACGAAGCUGCUGCACAAAAUGGAGACCCAAACGUUAAACGACUCAGAGCCUGGCAAUGGUGGUGGAAAUCUGUCUGGUCAAUUGUCAAUCAAUAUUCUGCUAGCCAUUAUGCAGUUGCCAUUAAUCCUCACAUUCAAUUAUCUUCAACCGUUUAAUUAGGUUUGAAAGCAAAAUUAUCAGAAUCAUUUGUAUUACGCCUAAGAUACUUAUCGAUAAACACGGUGUGCCUACGUUUAUUAAAUGUUGUUUCACGAAAUACAGACAGAGCCAAAUGUCUGAACAUCAAACGUUCAUUGUUCACACUGAAAAGUUUAUAACUAUUCACACACGUAUAGAUAUAUAACAAUACAUUAACAAGAUAAGAUGUACUGUUUAGAAUGUUUUUUUUUUAUUUGUAUUAUUCUUAGUGAAAUUCUAAUUGUCGUGAUUGAGCACGAUUUGAAAGAAAAACCAAAGAUAUAGAGAUACAUGAGAAAUAUGGGAAGAAGAAAAGAUAAAAAAAAUUUUAUAGAUAAAUAUGACUUUGUAAAUAAGAUUUGAUCGUAAUAUAAUUCGAGUCAUGAUUGUAGAUUCUGUUUGUUACUCUUCGAUGUUAUGUCAGAUUUAUAAUAUAUAUAUAUACAUACAUUGUUUAAAUGAAUAAGAAAUAAGUAUGAAAUUUUAAAUAUGAUAUAGGUACAAUAGAGAAGAUGUGUAAUAUAUGUGUAUAAAUAUAAAAAUACGAUGAUGAAACAUGCAAAAGAGAAAAAGAUAAGUGAUUAUAUGUGUAAUUAUUUUGAUAUAUGUAUGUAAAUAAGUGCAGAAAUAUGCGAGGAUUAUGAUUAAUACAAUGGAGCCUUGAUUAAACAAAGUUUAAUCGAAUUUUAUAAAAUAUCAAUUUUGAAAAGUAAUAAAUAAUUGGUGGAAAGAAUUAUUAAUUAGAGAAACAAAGGAAAGAAGAAAAAUGAGUGUUAGUAGAUCGAGGUUCGAUUGUAUUUAAAAAAGAAAAAUAGAUUCUAGCAUCUUAGCUCAGGAAAACGAAUUGUACAGUCUCUGUAAUAUGAUGUUACAAACGAUUAUUAUACGUGUUUAUUAUAUUAUACAUGUUUCCAGAACUCAAAACGUGAGGAAUAUACUAUAACAGUGCGAAAAUUAAAAAUGUAUAUUGAAUGAUGGAGAAAAUAAUUUAAAAUUUAAAUAAUAGAGCAAUUUUGGAUUUAUAAUUUUGAAAGAGAUGAUAACGUUGUCAAUGAAUCAAUGAAAAAUUCGAUCAAGUAUUUCUAUCAUUCUAUCAUUAUAUUAAUUGCUGUCCAAAGAAACAAUCAAUGAAUUAGCGUUUGAAUUAAUUGCUAUCUUCAUUGAGUUUUGUUAAUUAUGUUCAAAGAAAGGAAAAUGUGAUAAAAUAAGACAAAGCAAAUAAAAAUAAGGAUAUGUACCAAAGUUCGUGACUAAUAAAAUUAAGUUUAAUAUUGUAUAGUAUCUCUUGUCGUUAUAAUAUGUGGAAAAACAUCAAUCAAUUUUUAUGGAAAAAUCAAUGUUAAGACCAAAAUUGCCAAAUCAAUGUAAUUGAUUAAUUUCAGAUAUUAUUUUUUAUAAUUACUGAAAUUAUAUAGAUAUUUUUGAAAAAAUUAUAUCAUUAUUGAUUUUAUUUAUACAUGUAUAUUAAAUUAUUCAAUUAUUUAAUACUAAUUUUAAUUCUAAUAUUAUAGAUCAAUUGUUCCAGUGUUCUUUUUCGAAAAAGAAAUUUUCACUUACAAUUGUUAACAUUGAAACUUACUUAUUAGAAUUAAAAUUAGUAUUAAGAAAAAAAAAUUCUCUUAUACAUUCAGAAACAAGUAAAAUAUAUUAUAUUAAAUCUUUUGUUGCUUGAUUAUUGAAUUGAAUUUUAUUGUUCUCAAAACUGAAAAAGAAAAAAGAAAGGAAAAAAGAUUAUGAUAUAUGUUAUAAUUGUAAAUAAAAUUUCUGUAACAUUUCUAGUCUUUUAAAGAUGAGAAGUCUAUCAGAGGAGAAGAGGAAAGUGAAAGAGGAAAAGAUUCUGUAUUAUAAUUAAAUUAAAUUAUAGUAUAAUUAAUUUCUAGUUAUGCUUUAGAGAAAGAAAAAAAUUUUUCAUAUUUGUAAAAUGAAAUAUAUUUCUAUACCAAAGGGAUGGUGUACCUAUAUCAUUGAAUGUUCCAUGAAACAUUGAGUUCUAAAAAAAGAUGUUCGAUAUAAAAAAAUCGAUAAUUAACAUUCACCUUCUUCGCUAUGCUAAUAAAAGAAAAUAGAAAAAAAUAAUAAUUAAAAAACAAAAUAUAUUUAAAAAAAAAAAAAA